CAUUUCUCCUCCACUAUGAGCAGACCAGUCACACUGCACACUGGCCUGGCUUUCUGUAGCCUCCUGCUUCUCAGCUGUGCCACACGAUGCCUGGCCUUUCCCAAAACAGAAAGGAGUGAGAUCGCAUAUGUUCCUGCAGAAGAAGGGCAGUUUGAGAAGAUGAGCACAGAUGGCCUAGAGAACAGCUCUCUUACCUCAAAGCAGGCUCCUCAGAUGGUGGUCUCUGAGGAUCCACUGACGUCAGCAGGGCCAUCAGCCCUGCCGUCAAAUCAAGUAUUCUUGAUUAACAAAGAAACCCCUCCUAGAGGAGCCAGGCUCCUGCAGCCUGAUAGCCCUGAUGUUUAUGCUGCUACUGUGCCAGCAGGCCCAGCAGGUGAAGACGUGUUUGGUUCCAGUCAGCCAGAGAGAAUGUCUCCUUUCAAGGCUGUGUUAACCACUGCUGUCACUGCAACCACUUCUCUGAAUAUUGGUGUGAAGGAGGAGCCCAUCAGGGGGACCAGCAUGCAGCCCACUGCUGAAGAGGCCACAGAAGCAACACUGAGUGAUGUGGAUGACCAGUUAUUUGCAACUGACAGUCAUGAAGGAGUUAGUCUGGGACACUCCUCUUCAUCCCAUGUGAAUGCUAAAGAAAUGCUGACCACCUGGGCAAGGCCUGAGGAAUCUGAAACAUCCCCAGACCACAGGAAAACAUCUUUUCCUGGUACUGGGUCCACAGUAGGCCCUGAGCCUGAGAGCCUCACACCUGAUAAGAAGCCUGUGCAGAUGACGGCUGAUGAUACCCAGGUGACUUCCACCAAGCAAUCAUUCAUGGCUUCUGAGCAUACGCUGAGCGUCCAGCCAGAAACUGAUAGUCUGCUGGGAGCCCCAGAAGUCACACUGAGUGUCAGCACAGCUGUCCCAGCUGCUUCUGUGUUCAGUGAUGACUGGGAUGACACCAAAUUAGAGAGUGUAGGCCAAAUAAAGACCCCGAAGCUUGGAGACAGUGCAGGGGCUCAGGUGAGAGUAGAAAUAUCUCCGACAGCACAGGCAAGCCGUGAGGGGACGGAAGGGGGCUGGCCUUUGACAGAGGCCGCACACGUGGCUCUGGGGCUGGCGGAAGGGGAAACACACGUGCGGACAGUCCUGGUAACAGCACAAGGGGAUGAGCUGUCUCCUGCCUUCACCCAUCAGAGUUCCUUUCCCCCCACAAGCCUGAUGGAAGACACAACAGUUUCUGUUGUGGACCUGUUCCAAAGUACGGGAGACUCCACAGAAUCCAUCAAGGAACAGGAUGCUGUGUCUUCCUUGGAGACCACUGUUUCCAUCUCAGAGUAUGAGUCCGAGGCAUAUCAACUUUUGGGAAAUACAUCAAAAGACAUCGUCACACAAGAGAUGACAACAGCUAUUCAAGAACCAGAAGCCACUUUGUCCUUGGUGACACAAGAGCAAGUCGUUCUCCUUGAGGUUACUGGAGACGGUGGCGGGACAGAGGGAGGAGAAGAGCUGCCCACUCCUGUGUCCGGGGAACCCGGUGUUACUCAGCUGUCAAGAAAAUGGGAGCCUCUGGCCGCUGUGGUUUCAACUACAGCUGUCCCUUUGUCUGUGGAAGCUGCUCCUGCUCUGGAAGACCUCAUGGACACAGUCACAGGGCCAGGUGAGGAGCUGACAUCAGUUCUGGGUUCUCCGGUGACGCCCCCAGGAAUGAUGGUGGAGACACAUGGCCUUUCCCCCAUGCUGUCCGCUUCUGAGGUGUCCUCUGAGAAGGGAACUGUCUGGCCAUCCAUUAGCCAUGUCAACACAGCCACCUCUUAUGGCCUGGACCAGCUUGAAUCUGAAGAGGGAGAGGAGGAUGAGGAUGAAGAGGAUGAAGAAGAUGAAGAUGAAGAAGAGGAGGAUGAGGAAGAAGAUGAGGAGGAUAAAGAUGCGGACUCCCUGGGUGAGGGUUUGGACGGCGCUGCGGAGCUGCCGGGGUUCACGCUCCCUGGUGUCACAUCCCAAGAGCCUGAUACCGAGCAGGGCAGCAUGGGCCUGCUGGAGGGAGCCACCUACCAGGUGCCAGACGCCAUUGAGUGGGAACAGCAGAACCAAGGCCUGGUGAGAAGCUGGAUGGAAAAAUUAAAAGACAAGGCUGGUUACGUGUCUGGGAUGCUGGUGCCUGUGGGGGUUGGCAUAGCCGGUGCCUUGUUCAUCUUGGGAGCACUGUACAGCAUUAAGGCUAUGAAUCGUCGAAGGAGAAAUGGCUUCAAGAGACAUAAAAGAAAGCAGAGAGAAUUCAACAGCAUGCAAGAUCGAGUAAUGCUCUUAGCCGACAGCUCUGAAGAUGAAUUUUGA